AUGUCUAACCUUCCCGUUGAGCCCGAAUUCGAGCAGGCCUACAAGGAGCUUGCCUCGACCCUCGAGAACUCCACCCUCUUCGAGAAGCACCCCGAGUACCGCAAGGCCCUCCAGGUCGUCUCUGUCCCUGAGCGUGUCAUCCAGUUCCGUGUCGUUUGGGAGAACGACAAGGGUGAGGUCCAGGUCAACCGCGGUUUCCGUGUUCAGUUCAACUCCGCUCUUGGUCCUUACAAGGGUGGUCUCCGAUUCCACCCCUCCGUCAACCUUUCUAUCCUCAAGUUCCUCGGUUUCGAGCAGAUCUUCAAGAAUGCUCUCACAGGACUGAACAUGGGUGGUGGCAAGGGUGGUUCCGACUUCGACCCCAAGGGCAAGUCUGACAACGAGAUCCGCCGCUUCUGCGUUUCUUUCAUGACCGAGCUCUGCAAGCACAUUGGCGCGGACACUGACGUCCCCGCCGGUGAUAUCGGUGUUACCGGCCGCGAGGUUGGUUUCCUCUUCGGCCAGUACCGCAAGAUCCGCAACUCAUGGGAGGGUGUCCUCACCGGCAAGGGCGGCACCUGGGGUGGUAGCUUGAUCCGCCCCGAGGCCACCGGUUACGGUGUCGUCUACUACGUCGAGCACAUGAUCAAGCACGUUACUGGCGGAAAGGAGUCCUUCUCCGGCAAGCGUGUCGCCAUCUCCGGCUCCGGUAACGUUGCUCAGUACGCCGCCCUCAAGGUCAUUGAGCUCGGCGGUUCCGUCGUCUCCCUCUCCGACUCCCAGGGCUCUCUCAUUGUCAAGGACGAGUCCGCCUCCUUCACCCCCGAGGAGAUUGCCAUCAUCGCCGAUCUCAAGGUCGCCCGUAAGCAGCUCUCCGAGCUCGCCGAGUCCUCCGCCUUCGCUGGCAAGUUCACCUACAUCCCCGGUGCCCGCCCCUGGACCAACAUCUCCGGCAAGUUCGAGGUUGCCCUCCCUUCCGCCACCCAGAACGAAGUCUCCGGCGAGGAAGCCGAGGCCCUCAUCAAGUCCGGUGUCCGCUACAUCGCCGAGGGUUCCAACAUGGGCUGCACCCAGGCCGCCAUCGACAUCUUCGAGGCCCACCGCAACGCCAACCCCGGUGACGCCAUCUGGUACGCCCCCGGCAAGGCCGCCAACGCCGGUGGUGUCGCCGUCUCCGGUCUGGAGAUGGCCCAGAACUCCGCCCGCCUCUCCUGGACCACCGAGGAGGUCGACGCCCGCCUCAAGGGCAUCAUGGAGUCUUGCUUCAAGAACGGUCUCGAGACUGCUCAGAAGUUCGCUACCCCUGCCGAGGGCGUCCUGCCUUCCCUCGUCACUGGUUCCAACAUUGCUGGUUUCACCAAGGUCGUCGAGGCCAUGAAGGACCAGGGUGACUGGUGGAACUAG